AUGUCAUUAGAUAAUGAACAUGAUCAAUUCAUGGAUUCCAUGAAACCAUCAACCACAUCAACAGCAUCACUGACACUAACAUCUGCUGAAAAGGAAUUACAACAACUUCAACAAUCUAAACAAGAACAAUUACUCGAACAAAAUAAGAGAUAUCUUGAAGAAUUAUUCAAAGAAAAUAAAAAUCAACCUAUACGUAUUAAAAAUGUUCAAAUUACAAAUAGUCAAUCUUAUAGAGAUGGAUUUUUACAUACUCAAUUCAAACCAUUAUUAGCAUCUCCUGUACUAUCCCUACAAACUUAUCUUGCAUCAAUUAAUGAUAUUUCCAAAAAUUUAAUUAAAUCAGGUGUAGUCGAAAAUUUAUUAGUUAGUACUAAUUUAGUUAAUCCACCAAUGUUUACUAAAAAUCAAUCGAUGUAUGUUGUACCUGUAUUUAAUGUUAUUCCAGUAAAGAGAUUUUUUGCUAAAACAGGAACAAAUAUAGGAAAUGGAGAAGGUGAUGGAUACAUUCAAUUUCAACUUCGAAAUUUAUUUGGAGGUGGAGAAAAUUUAAUAUUUGAUGCUAUAACAGGUACUAAAACUCAAGCAUCUUAUUUACUUAACUAUAAUCAACCAAUUUUAAAUAAUGUUAAUUAUAUUUCUGAAAAUAUCAUAAGUUUAAAUACUAGAAAAUUAGACUGGUUACAAUCAAAUGUUACAAGUAGAGGAAUGAUUAAUAAAAUUUAUACCCAAUUUAAUAAUUCAAAAUUAAAUCAUGAAUUGAUCUUGGAAAAUACUUGGAAAAUAUUGAAUAAUAAAGGAAGUAAAUCAAUGGAAGUUAUUCAACAAUCUGGAUCACAAUAUAAAUCCUCCAUUGGAUAUAAUUUGAUUUAUGAUACUAGAGAUAAUAAACAUUUACCUAAUUUUGGGAAAUUUUUCCAAUUAGGUAUUGAAUAUAAUGGAUUGUUUAAAUUUAAUAAAUUCCCAUAUAUUAAGUCUGCUGCUCAGACACAAUUUGUACAAUAUCUUCCAUGGAUAAAUUCAAAAUUAAUAUUUACUAAUAAAAUUGGAGUUCUAUUCCCAUUGAAUGACAAAUCAUCAUUAUUAGAUCGAUUUUAUAUUGGUGGUCCAAAUGAUGUACGUUCAUUUGUAUUGAAUGGAUUAGGUCCAAAGGAUUAUAAUUCUUGUAUUGGUGGUGAUUUAUUCUUGAAUGGUGGUGUAUCUUUGGUAUCUGAUAUUCCAAAAUAUAAAGAAUCUAAUUUCAAAAUUCAUAACUUUAUCAAUUUUGGAAAACUUAUACCUAUGGAUAAAUCUAUUGGAUUAAUUAAUAAUUUUAAACAUUUGAGUAAUGAAUUUUCCGUUAGUUAUGGUAUUGGUAUUUUAUUCAAUCACCCUAUGGCUAGAUUUGAAUUGAAUUUUGUUUUACCUUUGAUUACUCAUGAAAGAGAUAUACUUAGAAAAGGUAUACAGUAUGGUAUUGGUGUAUCAUUCUUAUAG